GUUCACCCCCAAACCCUAGUUCACACUCCCUGUGCAGGCGAAGGAGAACGUGAGCUCAGAGAGUCAUGGCGGAUAGAGGAAGUUUCGGACGCGGCUUCGGAGGAGAAAGGCGGGGAGGCCGUGGCGAUCGCGGACCUCGAGGAGAUCGUGGACGUGGCCGUCGCCGCCGUGCUACGGAGGAGGAGAAAUGGGUUCCGUGUACAAAGCUCGGCCGGCUGGUGAAGGACGGAAGGAUCAAUUCGCUGGAGCAGAUCUACCUUCAUUCGCUCCCCAUCAAGGAGUAUCAGAUUGUUGAUACCCUCAUCGGCCCAUCCUUGAAGGACGAAGUGAUGAAGAUCAUGCCGGUUCAGAAGCAGACCCGGGCUGGUCAGAGGACCCGGUUCAAGGCUUUUGUCGUCGUCGGCGAUGGAAAUGGUCACGUAGGUCUCGGCGUCAAGUGCUCCAAGGAAGUCGCCACUGCAAUUCGCGGCGCCAUCAUUGCCGCGAAGCUUUCUCUGAUUCCCGUGAGGAGAGGAUACUGGGGAAACAAGAUCGGAAAGCCUCACACUGUUCCCUGCAAGGUCACCGGAAAGUGUGGAUCCGUUACCGUCCGGAUGGUUCCAGCGCCGCGAGGUGCCGGUAUUGUGGCGGCUAGGGUUCCAAAGAAGGUCCUGCAGUUCGCUGGUAUUGAAGAUGUCUUCACAUCAUCCCGCGGAUCCACAAAAACUCUUGGAAAUUUUGUCAAGGCUACUUUUGAUUGUCUUUCUAAGACAUACGGAUUCCUCACGCCAGAUUUCUGGGCUCAGACCAAGUUCAUGAAGUCCCCAUUCGAGGAGUUCAGCGAUAUCUUGGCUGUCCCCACGACCAAAUAUAUUGCUCUAGAAGAGGCUGCUGGUGAAAAGCUCGAGGUGUGAGCUUUAGAUCUUCUUUAUUACUAAGAUUAUGUCUGUUUUGCUUUGAUUCUCAAUCUGGGGAGCUCAAUUUUCUUGUGGUUUUUAAUCAUAGAACUACCACCUCAAAUUGUUUUUUGCUUUGUUCAUUGACUGGCGUCUGUGUUUUCUAAUAGACUAGUACUUGUGCUAUUCUCUUUAUUCAUGACCCCUCCCCCCCACCCUCACACCCACCCCAAAGAAAAGGGCUUUAAUACGAGCUCGAAUGCCAUCCUCGAACCAUUUUGCCAUCACUUGUGAAUCAGAAUUGAUUCUCGACUGGUUCCCGCCUAGAUAUGCCUUCUCAUGUUGCCAUUAUUUUGGUAUGGUUGUUUGAAGUGAUCCCUAAAUUGGCUGUAAAUCCUCCAUGCCAUUCAACAAAUUUACGCGAAGUAAACGUUCAAGUGAUCC